AUGCAAGCUUCGCCUCCUUCACCGGCACAAACACAUCCGAAUACCCUUCAUUCGCUCCUCAAUCCCACCAGCCCUGCUACAAACAUCGAAAGCACCGACUCCAAGGCCUCCAUUCGCAUCAAAAUACCCGUCAUGACCAAUGUACGAAGAUCUACUCGUCACAGAACGAGCUCAGUUAGCCAGGCAUCAGGCUCCGUCUACCACGAGAGCGUCCACUCCAUGGACAUCGAUGCGCUCCCGGACGAGGAUGCAGAGGGCGAGGACGACCCCCAAGAGGCACCCGAAGUGGCAUAUCGCAUGACGUCGCGAGGGAGGAAGGUGGUCAUCAAGUCGUAUAGAGAAUCGGACGACGAGAUCGACGGUCUCACGGGGCGUGUCGUCGGUGGAGACACUGCAGACGUGGAGGAGCCAUUGCUGGAUGCGGAGGACGACGACGAAGAGGCCCAGCCGCGUCAUCCUACGCGUCGGUCGCGAAAACCGAAGCCCGUGAUCCCCAGCAGCGACGAGGGCGACUCGAAUAACGGCCGGCGGUAUGCGACACGCAGCCAGAGCAAGAAGCCCGACGCUCCGAACAGCAACGGCGGCCGCAUCACACGCAACUCGAAUCGCCGACAGCCAGCCACACCCCGCUCAUCAACUCGCAACUCUGCGUCUCGCCCGCGGAUUCGCACCAGACGCAGCGCGCGCGAGGAGGAGGAUGCGGAUGGGUACAUCGACGAGGGCGGCGAGUCGUCCGCGUCCGCAGAGGGCGAGUUUGAAGCGGCGCAGAGGACCUCGUCCGACGUAGAAAUUGAACCCGAGCAGGAGCCAGAGCCGGAUCUGGACGCGGAGGCGGAUGUAGACGGGGAGGGUGAGCCAGACACGGAGGGGAAGCCAUACAAGCUAAGGCAGCGGACUAAGAUCAAUUACGCGAUCCCACCACCCUUGGAAGACGUACAUCCAGCACCGAAGAAUAGGUCUGGCCGCGCCGGUGGUGGUGGGCACAGUCAUAAAAAUGGUGUGAAGAAGGGUCCGGGGUGGAGUGCUACUGGUGCGGAGCUGGGGAGGUACUUGGGGCUUCCUGGCGACGAUUCAGACUCGGACGCGCCGACAAAGUCUCCACGCAAGGGAUUUGGAGGCGCCGCGUUCACUGGGGGUGUGGGUGCUGGACCGAGCGCGAUUCUGGCAGGGGAUCUUGCCGCGGCAGCAGGGACGCCGUCGAAUUUUGGCAAAUUUGCAGCCCUCGCGGAUGUGGACCCACUCGGCGUGAACCAGAAUGUCACGUUUGACGAGGUUGGUGGCUUGGACGAUCACAUCAAUUCUCUGAAGGAGAUGACCCUCUUACCAUUGCUAUACCCUGAAGUAUUUCAAAAAUUCAACCUAACUCCACCUCGGGGCGUACUGUUCCACGGUCCUCCCGGAACGGGAAAGACAUUGCUGGCACGAGCGCUAGCGGCGAGUUCAUUCUUCAUGCGCAAGGGCGCGGACGUGCUCUCAAAGUGGGUUGGCGAGGCCGAGCGCCAGCUACGGCUGCUCUUCGAGGAGGCGCGCAACUGCCAGCCGAGCAUCAUCUUUUUCGACGAGAUCGACGGGCUCGCGCCGGUGCGCUCGUCGAAGCAGGACCAGAUCCAUGCGUCGAUCGUGUCGACACUGCUCGCGCUUAUGGACGGCAUGGACGGGCGCGGCCAGGUCGUCGUCAUCGGCGCGACGAACCGCCCGGAUGCGGUCGACCCCGCGCUGCGCCGCCCGGGACGGUUCGACCGUGAGUUUUAUUUCCCGCUGCCGGAACUCGAGGCGCGGCAAAAGAUCUUGGGGAUCAUGACGAAGAAGUGGGACGGGUGGGAUGGGGAGAGGGGCGCGGAGAACGUCGCUGGGUUGGCUAGGAUGACGAAGGGAUAUGGGGGUGCAGAUUUGAGGGCCCUUUGCACGGAGGCUGCGCUGAACGCGGUUCAGAGACGAUACCCACAGAUAUACAAGUCGAACGAUCGGCUGUUGCUGGACCCCGACACAAUAGGUGUCGAGCUUCGAGAUUUCAUGCUUUCGAUCAAAAAACUCGUUCCGUCGUCUGCGCGCUCUUCGUCGUCUGUGGCGUCGCCUUUGCCAUCGCAGUUUGUGCCUCUGCUAUCAGACGCGCUAGACAGGGUGAAGGUUGUUUUGGAUAAGGUGAUGCCUAUUGGGAAGAAGCGCACCGCGCUGGAGGAGGCGGAGUGGGAGGACGAGGGAGAGAAUGGGUCGUUGGAAAGGGAGCUGAUGCUUCAAUCCAUGGAGACAUUGCGGGUUUAUCGUCCUCGUAUCGUUUUACAUGGGCCUGCGGGAAUGGGUCAAGCAUAUGUUGGGACUGCCGCUUUGCACUACUUGGAAGGAUUCCACGUUCAGAACCUUGACAUGGGCACUUUGAUGGGCGAUUCGACACGGACUGUCGAGGCGGCCAUCGUCCAGCUCUUCGUCGAGGCCAAACGCCACCAACCUUCUAUCGUCUUCAUCCCUUCCCUAGUCGGAUGGUGUGCUGCCAUCUCCGAAACAUCCCGAAGCACCGUUCGCGCGAUGCUCGAUACCCUCUCACCUACCGACCCUAUCCUUCUCCUCGCUGUCGUAGAUGGCCCUUAUAUGUCCCUCCCUCGCGAUGUGCGAGCAUGGUUCGGCCCCACUCGCGACAACCGCGUCGAGUUUACCAAUCCCACCGCUCAACAUCGUGAAGCGUUCUUUGAAGGCAUACUGCAGGAUGUCCGACGACCGCCGAAUCAUUUCCCAGACGGCGUGAAACGGAAGAAGCGUGUUCUGGAGGAGCUGCCCAUCGCGCCUCCCCUAGAACCGCGGAAGCCGACUGCAGCUGAGCUAGCGCUCCAGGAGGAGCACGAUCUUCGCUUGAUUACUCUGCUUCGCUAUCGCCUCGGACCGAUUCUGACGGAAUUGAAGAAGAAGUUCAAGCGAUUCACGAAGCGGGCGGCGGAGGAGUACAAUCUCGACAUGGAAGAUCAAAUUAAUGUGGUCGCACCUUUACCCAAUCCCGUGGUGGAAAUGGUGACUGCCACCGUCGAAAUCCAGUCCGGCCCUAAUGGCAUCAUUGAAAUCGUCGGCGAAGAGACCGCUCAGAUGGUCAACGGGGAGGUCGAGGCGCCGCCUCCAGUCCAGGAACCACCGCGUCAAACGCCCCCUCCACCUCAGCCUGCCCCGCCGAAGCUGUUCAAUAUGGAUCUCGAGCGGAUGCAUCUAGAGCUGUACAAAGACCGGUAUCUCACGCCACAAGCCUUCUUGGACGACGUCGGCAAGAUGGUCCACAAUGCGGAUGUGCGGAUGCACGAAGACCCGGACAGGCUGUACAGAGCACAGGCGAUGUUCACCGCGGCCGAGGUCAGCAUCCAGGACUUCGAUCCCCAGUUUCGCCUGGAAUGCGAGCGCAUGGCGGUUCGCGAACGCCAGCGCCGGCAGGAGCGCAAGGAGCAACUGCGCGCAUCGCAGGAGGCGGAGGCGACGGCCGCGAAUGGUAGCAACGGCGAAUACGCCCCCGGCACGCGGCGGAGCGCCCGUCAGAACGGAGAAAAGGUCGAUAUCCGUAGCAUCGGUGAUCCGUCACUGAUCGAGCGACGGCUAAAGAGGCAUCGAUCGAACGAGGCGAGCAAUGACUCGCAAGCAUCGGGCGAAGAGAACAAUGAGGAAGGGCGGAGUAACAAACGAUCGCGCGUCGCGAGUGUGGAGCAGGAACAGAUCGACGGACUGGCGUCAAAUGGGGUUCGCUUUGCUGACGAUGCGCUUCCGCCACCGCUUACUCCCCAGCGGCCGCUGCCUCUUCAGAAGGACGAACUGCGUUUAAUGCAGUCUGAGCUACAGGUACAGUACUUGCACCCUCCUGCACCGAGCGGCCUGGCCACGCUGCUCAAUCCCGUCACUCCGGAGGCUUCAUCUACAUCCUCUCAUCAACCUGGCGCUAUCACCUUCGGAGUCGCACCUCUACCAAUGAUGCACCAAACCUACGAUGUCCCGAUGCCCUUUGCACAGCCUAUAGAACUACCGUCUACCCCAAUCAAGAGGACUCCUCCGACCGUAACGCUCCCUCGUGCCCCUUCGUUAGAAAUACCCGAAACUUUAUCGGAACCGGUAGCUUCGACUUCCACGCUACCUGCUGAUGUACCAGAGAUCCAUGUCGCGGAGCCUGAGCCUGAGCCUAUGGAAGUCGAGCGCGAGCCAACGCCGCUUCCUGAUUUCCACAUCGACGAGUUCUCAGUCACCCACUUGAAAACCUCCUUGUGCGAUCACACAAGCCAUCUGUCUGUGGAACAGCUAGAGCAGCUACGCGCGACGUGCCUGUCUUGUGUCUGGCGUCAUCGGUCGGAGUGGAAUCGGGACGCGUUGAUUCAAGAGCUGCAAAGUGUAAUAGAAGAGUUCGUGGAGGAGGUUCGUGCGGAUGAGGACUCGUCGUACAUGGACCGCGCUUGA